AUGGUCCCGUCCCUACCGUCUUUCUUGAAGGUACUCAACGCGUUGCCUUUUAAAACAUGCAAGCUCUCACGCCCGACCACGCCGCUCCUCUCCUUUGUACAGGCCAGAUCAGCUUCGAUUCUCGGCUCUCUCUCAGACAAUCCUGGGUCUUAUAAAAAAAGAAUUCGACGAGGUCGAGGGCCCUCUUCGGGAAAAGGCAAAACUUCCGGGCGUGGACACAAGGGCCAGAAAGCUCAUGGCAAAGUCCCAGCGAAAAUGCAGGGUGGACAAACGGCGCUUGAUGUUGUCCAUGGCGAACGAGGAUUUAACAAUAUAUUCUCGCCUGAAAUGUCUCGCGUCAACCUUGAUCGCAUACAAUCCUGGAUAGACCAAGGGCGUAUCGACCCUUCCAAACUCAUCACCCUCAAAGAACUUGUACAAUCACGUUGUAUUCAUGGAAUAAAAGAUGGAGUGAAGCUAUUGGCCCGAGGAAAAGAGGAACUUAAAACACCUAUCAAAAUAUUAGUCUCAAGGGCAUCUGCCACGGCAAUCGAGGCGGUUGAACAAGCAGGAGGUACAGUUGUAACUAGGUAUUACACAAAGCAUUCUAUCCGGAGGUUGUUGAACGGACAAUCUGAAUCGAGCAGUACACCCAUCGAGGUAACGCUUGCGACCCAACAAGCACUCAACGCUACACUGUCUUCAAACAAGUACCUGUAUCGUCUGCCUGAUCCUACAAGCCGAAAAGAUCUUGAAUACUAUCGGGACUCAUCGAAAAGAGGUUAUCUGAGUCACUUAGUCGCGGAAGGCCAUGGGCCCAGCUUGUUCUUUAAAACACCUGGAGCUAAGAAGAACAAUAAGAAACAAUCAAUGAAAUCGGAGAAUGUGAAAGUUUCAAUCGCAGGAGAAAAUUCUCUUUGGUAG